GGCAAAUAAAUAAGCGUCAUCAGCUUUAUCCUUUUUGUGAUUAUACAUGUUUAUAUUAUAUAUUGUUUCUUUAUAAUAUCCAUACUGUCCAACGUAAAUCAUCUCAAUGUGUUUCACGGCUGAGGCUACUUUCGUUUUGGGAGAUAUCACGAGUUUCGUUUAAGCAGAAAAGCAACCAGAUUUCACGCUCGUUUUCCUUUGCAAUACAGUGCGGUGUUCAUCAGAUGUGGAGAUGUUGUGUUAUUGGGGAGCGAAGGUCCGGGAGGGCUUCGGUUUGAUUCAGCCAGACAAUGUAACACAUUUGAAUGAUGGAAUACGCUGCGUGUGUCCAACAUCAGAAAUUCAGGACAUUUCCGUAGGAAGACACUUUGUGGGAUUCAUCCGGAAUGGGAAAGUUUCGGUCACAAGAUUGUGCGGCGAUGACCAUGAUGGCAAACUAAAACAACUAGAGACGGAGAAUCAGGAAAUCACAUUGAUUGUCUGUGGUGGGGAUGAUUCAUUAUUACUUGCUCAUGGAGGGAAAGUAAUUAUUAUGGAUGAAUCCGCUAACUGCCGACCUCUCAAAGACCUGUCCAACAGACACGUGAUACAUAUCUCAUGUGGAGACCAGCAUUCAAUGGCAUUAACACAGGAGGGUCAGGUGUUUGUCUGGGGUGAGAACUCUCAUGGUCAGCUGGGUCUUGGUGAAGGUCGAUCUGGAUCUCAGACUCCUCAACAUGUUCAGUGUCUGGAUGGGGUUCCACUGGCUCAGAUCAGCGCUGGAGGAGAUCACAGCUUUGUGUUGUCUCUCUCUGGUGUUGUGUUGGGCUGGGGGAAGAACUCUUCUGGACAGUUGGGUCUGGGAGACUCUACAGACAGGUGUGUACCCACACUUGUAAGAAGCCUUAAUGGGAAGAAAACUCAGUUCAUCUCAUGUGGAGGUGAACACACAGCAACUCUGUCAAAGGGAGGCACUGUGUUCACAUUUGGAGCCGGUGUUUUUGGUCAACUUGGACACAACUCAUUUAAAGAUGAACAUCUUCCACGAGUGGUUGCUGAACUUUGGGGCUCGGUAGUAUCAGAGGUCACAUGUGGGAGACAUCACACACUUGUGUUAGUGGCACCAUCAAAGCGGAUCUAUUCAUUUGGAUGUGGGACGCAAGGGCAGCUGGGAAAUGGACAAAUGACAAACCAGCCUCUGCCAUCACCAGUACACCUGCCAGCUGAAUUUAUUGAUGAAUUUGUGUUUGGAAAACUCAUUGCUGGUGAGCACCAUUCCUUUGCUCUGUUUUUCAAGCAACUUGGGAAUAUAUCAGCAAAACCUGAGCCCAAUCCAAACAGAGGGAUUUUAACAUUAGAUGACAGAAUGAUUGACCAGCGGGGGUCUGAAUGUAACAACAAAAUAAACCAAGUGUUUUCAUCUGCUGCCUGUUUGAAUGGAAGUUUUCUCAAAACAAGUUGUGAUGAACAUUAUCAGACUUCUGCAAAUGUCUGUGGUUUGGAUUUUGAUCUGGUAAAGAAAUUGUUUGCAAAAUUAACAGAGAACAAAAAUGUGAUGACAAAGAUUGUGAGGAUGGUUCGGGAUAAACUCUUGCCCUCUCUUAACCCUAAAGAGGGUUUCAGUAGCGUAGAAGCUCUGAGAGUUUAUCUUCUCCUCCCUGAGCUCAUCAGAGUCUGCCAGGAACAACACAGAGUCCAUCUCCUUGAAGCACUCGCCUCCAAAAUUCUUCAGCUGAAACCUGACGCUCUUGAAGUGUUGGAAAGCUACUGGUCUGAACUGCCUGAAGAUCGUCUCAAAGACUUGGUGAAGUUAUAUCGCAAUACAUCGGCUGUGUUGAUUGACGAAAUUUCAUCUGGUGAAAUUAAUUGUGAUGAAAUGAUACAUCUGAAGAAACUACUGCAAGUCCUUCAGAUGAUCUAUAAGGUCUGCUGCAGGACCCACAAUGACAUCACAAGCAGAGACUUCAUUAUUCACAAGAUCAAUGAUCUUCUAGAUAUGCUGCAAGCCACACUGCCAGAUUUUGAGUCAUGCUCAAUCCUUUAUAUCGAUGAAAUACUCGAACGGAAAGACCACUUUGUUAAAACUUUUGAAGUGUUGGUCAGUUUCCCUUUUGUGGCUGAAACUGUAUCUAAAUGGAGAAUUUUUAAAUUCUUACAGGACCCAUUCAUCAGGAAGACAAUUCCAGACCAACAUGACGCCGUGUGGGUCUUGACUGGCAGCACUUUGCACAUAAACAGGACUUCCAUACUGAAGGACACACUUCAGUAUCUCAGAAAUGGCAACCACACAUUUCAGCAUCUAUUGAAGGUGAACUUUGUUGGUGAGGAUGGGAUAGAUGAAGGGGCUCUUUCUGCAGAAUUCUUCUCCUUGCUUUCACAAUCUCUCCUUACAUGGAAGAAAAAGCCGCUUAAAGUUUUGGAGAAUUCACUGGUGUGGUUCAAUGCUGAGAAUACACACAAUGAAGAGUUUUACUAUCUUGGCGUUGUCUGUGGAAUGGCGCUGUUCAACCAAUAUUACAUGAGCAUUGACUUCCCACUGGCAUUGUUCAAGAAACUUCUGGACCAGAGCGUCACUCUGAAUGAUCUAGAGGAAAUAUCCCCUGUGGAGGCCAGAGGUUUGAAGGAUCUUCUUCAGGAGGAUGAAGAAGUGGUGGAUGCACUUUUCCAGAAUUUUACAUUCAAAGGGCAAGAGCUCAUUCCAAAUGGAACACAGAUUCCAGUCACCACAAUUAAUCGACAGAAGUAUGUGGAUUUGUAUGUGGACUUCAUUUUCAAUAAGUCAGUGAAGAAUCAGUUCGAGCAGUUCUCUGCAGGUUUUUCUGAAGGUUGUCCGGUCAAAGCCUGGAAAAUGUUUCACCCUGAAGAACUCAGAGAAGUUUUCAAUGGUUCUCCUAAAUAUGAGUGGGAAGAUCUUCAAAAGUGUGCUACAUAUGAACACUGUUCUCCCUCUGAUGAGCUGAUCAAGAACUUCUGGACAGUUUUCUUUGAGUUGUCUGAAGAAAACAAAAAUAAAUUUCUCAUUUUCAUGUAUGGAACGAGCCGUGUACCUCCUGGAGGUCUCUCAAAGCAGACACUGAAGAUUGUGCCGAUGAACAAUCCUGAUUCAGAUGAUCUUUUACCAGUAGCCCAGACAUGUUUUGGCACAUUAUAUCUUCCAAAAUACAGCCAUGUCGACAAUCUCCGUCAAAAACUAACACAUGCUAUCAGCUUUUGUAAGGUUUUUGGACGGGUUGUGAAGACGGUUCGGGGUGCACUUUUGCCCUCUCUUAACCCUCAAGAGGGUUUCACUGGUGUGGAAGCUCUGAGAGUUUAUCUUCUCCUCCCUGAGCUCAUCAGAGUUUGCAAGCAACAACACAGGACCAAUACACUUAAAGCACUCACCUCCAAAAUACUUCAGCUGAAACCUGACGCUCUUGAAGUUUUAGUAAAUUACUGGUCCAAACUCCCUAAAGAUUGUCUCAAAGAUGUGGUGAAGUUAUUUCGCAAUGCCUCUGCUGAGUUGAUUGGCAGCAUUUCUUUUAGUGAGAUAAAUCGGGAUGAGCCGAAAUGCCUGAGGAAAUUUUUGAAGGUCCUUCAGCUGGUCUAUAAGGUCUGCUGCAGGGACGACAUUGACAUCACAAACAGAGAUUUCAUUAUUCACGAGAUCAAGGACCUCCUAGAUAUGCUACAAGUCACCUUGGAAGAUUUUGGAUUGUGGAUGGUUUAUGGUGAUAUCAAUUAUAUGGUGGAUCUGAAGGAUCACUUUGUUAAAACUCUUCAAGUGUUGAUCAGUUUUCCCUUUGUGACUGACACUGCAUCUAAAUUGAGAAUUUUUAAAUUCUUACAGAACCCAUUCUCCAUGAAGGGAUUUCAAACUCUUGUUUUACAUUUGAAUGGCAACAUUUUACAAAUUAACAGGGAGUCAAUGUUGAAGGAUACAAUGCUGUAUCUCAAACGAGGCAUCCAUUCAUCUUUACGUCCACUGAAGGUGAAUUUUGCUGGUGAGAAUGGAAUAGAUGCGGGAGGCGUUUCUGCCGAGUUCUUCUCAUUGCUUUCACAAUCUCUCCUUACAUGGGAGAAAAAGCCACUGGAAGUUUGUGAGAAUUCACUGGUGUGGUUCAAUUCCGAGUACACAACCAAAGAAGAUUUCUACAAUCUUGGCCUUGUCUGUGGAAUGGCACUGUUUAACCACUGUUACAUGAACAUAGAAUUCCCACUGGCGUUGUUCAAGAAACUUCUGGACCAGAGCGUCACUCUGAGUGAUCUAGAGGAAAUAUCCCCUGUGGAGGCCAGAGGUUUGAAAGAUCUACUGGAGGAGGAUGAGGAAGUGGUUGAGGUGCUUUUCUUGGAUUUUACGUUCAAAGGGCAAGAGCUCAUUCCAAAUGGAGCUCAGAUUCCAGUAACGAUAAUUAAUCGACAGAAGUAUGUGGAUUUGUAUGUGGACUUCAUUUUCAACAAGUCCGUGAAGAACCAGUUUGAGCCGUUCUCUGCAGGUUUUUCCGAAAGCUGUCCGGUCAAAGCCUGGAAAAUGUUUCACCCUAAAGAACUCAGAGAAGUUUUCAGUGGUUCUCCUGAGUAUGAGUGGGAGGACCUUCAGAAGCAUGCUACUUACCAACGCUGUUCUCCCUCUGAUGAUCUGAUCAAGAAUUUCUGGACUGUUUUCUUUGAGUCGUCUGAAGAAAACAAGAAGAAAUUUCUAAUUUUCAUGUAUGGAACGGAUCGUGUACCUGCUGGUGGUCUCUCAAAGGUCACCCUGAAGAUUGUGCAGUGGAACACUUCUGAUUCAGAUGAUCGUUUCCCUGAAGCACAAACAUGUUUUGGCAUAUUAUGUCUUCCCAAAUACAGCGACAUCGACACACUUCGUAACAAGCUUAUACAUGCUAUCAGCUAUUGUGAGGUUUUUGGAAGGUUGUGAAAAGACAGACAAAGCAAGAAUGUGACAGCUUUAGGCUGACGAGUUCCUUGUAAAUCUUUUUAUGAAAUCUUACAUAAAAUAAAUAGUUUUGCUCAGUUGUUAGAGCAUAUAGCAUGGCAUGGGUUUGAUUCCUGGGGAAUAAGGGAACGCACAAACUGAUCAAAUGUAUAUACCCAUAAUGGACAGAAAGUCACUUUGGAUAAAAUGUUUUGCUUUCAGUCACAAAUUUACAAAUAGAUCAAUAUAAAUUUGCCUCUUACACUUAAGACUUUAAUCAAUAAUAAAUGAACGAUUUCCUUAUACAUUUUAAUAGUCUGAAGAACUUUUUUCAGCUGUACCUGUGGUACAAUAGAAAAUUAUUUUGAUGUUUCGUUUAGGAACAGCCCGACAAAGAAACUUAAAACCUUUAUUUUUAUACAUGAAUUGUGGAUGCAUCUUUUAUGUAAAUAAAAAUACA